CCCGAGAACGCCGCGGGUGCGCCGCAAGCAGCGCGCAAGCAGGGCAUCGGAGAGGGCCUGUCUCUCGGGUUGAGCCAUACGGUCGGUCUUCGACGCUCCGGUGUGUUGCAGGCCGGCCGCAACCCCAACCAUGCGCUACCUCGAGAUCCUCGCCUCCUACGUGCCCCAGGUCGUCGUAAGACAUCUGCUGGAUAGCCCGGACGCCCCGACGCCGAGUAGAAAAACGCUAGAGACGGUCUGUAUGUUUUGCGACGUGUCGGGCUUUACACGUUUGACGGAGCGUUUGGCAAUUACAGGAGAGGGCGCCGAGGGCCUGAAGAAGACGUUGAAUUCGUACUUCGGGCAGCUGAACCGCAUCGUCGCGGGCCACGGCGGCGACAUUUUUAAAUUCGCGGGCGACGCCGUGAUAGUCCUGUGGCCCGCCGACGAGCCUCUUCAGUUAAUAGCGCGGCGCGCGGCGCGGUGCGCUUUGGAAGUGCAGGCCGCCUUGCAUUCUGAUAGUGAAGAUAGUUUGAGCGUGAAGAUCGGACUGGGGGUCGGACAAGCGGCGACGCUGCACGUAGGUGGGAAUAAUGGAAGAGCGGAGUGUAUUUGUGUCGGGCCCCUCAUGGCCCAGGCUUUUGCUGGAGAAGGUCACGCGUCUCCGGGCGACGUCAUCGCGUCGAAGGAGUGCUGGGCACUAAUCCGGUCUCAUUUCUCCGGGACGGUACAAGGAGACGGCUUCGUGAAGAUCAUCAGAGCGCGCACGUCGCUGAAGCAAAAAGGCCUCUCGCAGAAACUAUCCAAGCGCCUGCGGAAGGCGCCGCCCGCCGUCGCUGAAAGAUUGGAGGCCUACGUGCCCCGCGCGGUCCUCGCGUCCCUAAAAGGCCGGAGCGGCGGUAGGGAUGCGGAGCGCUGGGCGGGGGAGACGGUCUCGUGCUGCUGCGUCUUCAUGGACCUGGGGCUCGAUGGCGACACCUUGGACCGGGCUUUGCAUGAUGAUGGAGCUUUACGAAGCGUCCACGCGGCCUUUGCUGCCGCCCAGGCCGCGGUCUACGCGUACGAAGGCGCGGUGAACAAGUUUUUACAUGAUGACAAGGGCUCGACAUUAAUCGCCUGCUGGGGCCUGCCCCCCUACGCCUUCGCGGACGACGCCACGCGAUGCGUCCGGGCGGCGCUGCGGGCAUUCGCGUCAUUGACGGAGCUAGGAUUGACACCAUCAAUAGGCGUCACGAAGGGCGACGCCUACUGCGGCGUCACGGGGUCGAUCCAGCGGCGCGAGUACACGGUGCUGGGCGACUCCAUCAACCUCGCGGCGCGCCUCAUGGCCCAGAAGAACGGAGUGGUCGUGGACGCGGCCAUCGCCUCCGAAACAUCUCUAAAUGUGGAAGCUCUGGGCGAGGUCCAGGUCAAGGGCCGGAACGCGCCCGUGGCCAUCUACCGACCGACCGAUACAAUUCGGGAAACUCACGACGAGGACCGCGUCUGCACCAUACCGUCGUCGUCAGCAAGACGGCCGUCCUCUUCCACAUGUUUGUGCGCGAUUAUUGACGUCGAGGCGCCCUCCUCCCCGUCGAGCGAGUCCGCUUCCAUCAAGCGGUGUCGGCACUUGUGGAAAGCUCUGGAAAAGUGCGCCUUCGGCGACGAGAGCCGCGACCGCUUGAAACGGAGGGCCCUGGACCUGAAGGUCUCGAGUUUUGAGGGAGGCCGCUGCGUCGUGGAGUGCGGGUCGGGUCCUUGGGCGCCCUGCCUCGAGUUAGACUUAGAAGGCUGUGAGACCGUGCGCGACUUAAGACUGCGAGCCCACGCGGCGGCCGUCUCCCAACGACUCGUCUCGGGCCGGCGGCCCUCGACGACGCGGCACGCCCAAAGGUCGCCCUUCCACCGGGCGCUACGGACGGCCUCGCCGCGGAUGCCCUUCUUCUUCCGCACGCCCACCUCAUCUGAGAGCGACGGCUUCUUCGCCGACAAACCGCCGCCGGGCGCGCACGCCUUCGUGCUCAAGGUCCGCGGGUGCCGCUGCUGGCUGCCCGACGAUUUACCAUUAAACGACAUGUUGGGCUUCGUGGCGGCCCAGCUCGAAGUGCCCGAAGGCGACCUGCGGGCGCCGGGCACGGGGCCGCACGCGUGGCCGAGUGGCGGCGGUUGCGUGCGAUUAUGUCUCGUACCAAAAGAAAACGUGUUGGACCUGACGAGCCGCGCGGCGCGGGUGCGCGCCGCGCUCUUCGCCGGGUUGCGGGAGGGCGGUCUUGUGGUUGUGGAGGGCGAGGCCGGCGUCGGCAAGACGCGGCGCCUGGAGGCGUUUGCGACGAGCGCCGACGCGGCCGGGCUGGUCGUGACGCGCUCCAUUAAUGAUGAUGGCGACGUCCUCGUCGUCGACGACGCCCAAAACCUGGACGCGUCGGGCUGGCGCGCGCUGCGCUCAAAGGAGGGUCUCGUCGUCGUGGCCACGCGGCCGCUGCGGACCUGGCCGCCCUGGCGCGGCGAGGCCUUGUACGAGGCGCGCAAAGUGGUCGAGGGGAGUUUGGUGUUGGACGGCCUCCCGCGCGAAGAGCUCGACCUGAUCGUUUCGACGAAAGUGGCGGCGGACGUGAGUCACGAGUUUAGUGAAGCCGUCGCCGCCUACGCGCAAAACAACCCGGCCGUCGCCGUCGAGUUAAUCGAUGAACUCGCGGACCGCCAGCAGCUCCUCAAAACAAACGGCGUCGUGUCAUUUAUAGGAGACGAGUUCCCUUUGUCCGAAAAAACGCGCGGCGCCAUGACCGAGCGCCUCAACGGCCUCGAGGCGGCGGCAUUAGUGGUUCUCAAGGCCGCCUGCGUCGCGGAUCGACCGGUACACCGCCGCGACCUCGUCGAGUGCCACGGCGUCGCCGAGGGCGGCCGCGCGGCGCGCGAUUUACAAGCGGGCGUGCGCAUGCUCGAGCGAAGUGGUUUGUUGCGGUUGGUCGGUGACGAUGUGGUGGACGUGGCGCACGGCGCGCCGAUGCGCGCGACGUGCCUGAGGAGGACGCUCGUCGCCGACGCGCAACUCAUUUCAGAUAGGCUUGUAAGGCUGGAAGCGAGGCAGCGUUUGAUGAGGUCGCCGUCGUCGUCAUCGGCGUCGGACGCGUCGGACGUCUCCAUAUUGAGGGAGGGCCCUUUACUAGUCUUCAAGCGCCGCGACGCCGUGAACAAGGUGCGCCGCGUGUCUACGGGCCGGCCCGGCGACUCGUAUCGGUUACGGCACGCCGUCCUCACUUCCAAACAAUUCGCGGUCUACGGCUCUGCUGAAGAUUUCGUGGAGGGGCGGCCGCCGAAACUGGUGCUGGACACGCCCUUCGACGUGUUCGCGGAGGACGGCGUCCUGCGUCUUACAAAGGGGAGCCAGAGGGACGUCCUCGUCCGGUCGCCGGACCGUAUUACAUUAGAGGAGUGGCGCCUCACGCUGCGGGGCAUCAGUGCUGAGACUGCGAAGCCGCCGCCGUCGCCCGACCGGCCUCCCUCACCUCCCGUGGCCGAGGACCGCGUCCGCAUCGUGGUACAUCUAAAAAGUGUGCGGGAUCUGGUGAAUCCGAUCCUGGUAUCAAAGCCGCUCGUCGUGUCCUGCACGCUGUCCCUCGACGACGUGCACCGGGCGUCGUCCACGAAGAUGUACGUUAAUAAUGCGGCAACUUGGGACGGGCAGGUCCUGACCUUCGACGUGGCGCGAUCUAAGAUGGACGAGCUGCGCCUGACGGUCCGGGACCACCGGCCCUUCGCCGCGCCGGACGUCGUGGGCAUCGCGUCGUACGACCUCAGCGACGUUUCCGACACUGCGGAGGCGCGGUGGGUACCCCUGGCGCCGGCCAUGGACGGCUUCGCGAGCGGCGAGCCGCGCGUGUCUCUGGCCGUGCGCGCGGAGCGGCUAGUAUCCGGCGACGCGGCCGCGGCGCCGAAGCAGCCCUGCGCCGUCGACGUGUCCCCGCCGCCGACGCCGCCGCCACCGCUCCCGCCGCGGCCCUUGCGGGCGUGCAAUCGUCGGCGCCGCCCGGCGCCGAUUCGUGUGGGGGCUGGCUAA